CAUACAGGCGUCCGAGGCUGCCGGCCGAGCAGAUGCACUCCAGCUUUCCUGCGGCCGCGACGCAGUCAGCCAUGUGCAGAGCGGGUUGCGCCUCCUGCCCUGAAGCCGCUCUGCCACCACCAGUAGAAUCGGCUCCUCCGACGGCAUCGCCUACGGCGUCACCUGCACCUACAGCUCCACCGCCAUUAGCCUCAUAUGGCACCAGGGGUGCGAGAAUCCUGCCAUUCUACUUUCUAGGUGGCCCACCAGGAGGUAACCAGGGCGGCUGCCUCAGCGACAGCUUCUACGAGACGGUCAGGAAGUCCACCGCGCUGCUUGCGGCUGCAGUGUUAGCCGUCCUAAUGACUUCUGCACUAUUAGCUAUCUCCAGCAGGAAGAACACAAACGUCAGCCAGGACGCACCUAAGACGUCUGUAGAUACAACACUUGAUCGGCAGUUGAUGACAGAACUCGGACGAGAGAUCAAAUUGUGGCCCAAGCGGAGUUCAGCGCCAGCCGACUCUACGAGUCUUCUGCUUCACCCCAUUCCUGCCGUGGUCGUCGGAGACACGCCUGGCGCGUACUGCGAGACGGAAGCCGCGUGCGUGCCACUGCUGCGUAAAUACAGCGACGAGCGCCAGGUCCGGUGGAACUUCCUCGUAGAUGUGGCGGGCAACGUCUACGUGGACCGGGGCUGGGACGCUGCCAGCAGCGUGUCGUCCUGGCUACAGGGCUGCAACAUAGCAGUAGCACUCGUGGGCAACUUCCAGGACCAAAAUGCUACCGACAGUAUGAUGAACUCGCUGCGGCAACUGCUGGAAUUCGGUGUGAGCUCGGGUAAGCUGAGACCCGACUACCGACUCGUAUCGUACGGCCAGGUGGACUCCGUGAUCCCCGUUAAGAGUCCGGGGGACGGCGUGCUGAGAGUGAUAAACGGAUGGCCACAUCGAUGCGUGGCAGACUGUGACCUUGGCCUAGAAUGUCUUCACUCAACACGUAUAGUUAAGAACCGUUAGACAAAACGACCAUUUUAUUCGAGAUUAAGAUAAAUUGCGUGAAACCGUAGGCAAUAGUUUUGUACUUAUUCUAGUGCUGCUAAUUUUCUUUGAAGAUACCUACACAGUUACUAACAUUUAUUUCAGUGACCCCGUAUUCUCGUACAGUUUCGGCCAUGGGCCAUUUAUAAAUGCCUACGUAC